UGUUGGUCUAUAGGUGUGGUUUGGUUUGAAAACUUAUGAAAAAUGGGAGAAGAGAAGAGUGAAGUAGAUAGACAUGGUUUCAUGCUUGAUGACGAAUGUUGCAAUGGAAGCUGUUUUAUUUUGUCUGAAGAUGCAAGCAGCAACAUAGACCCAUCAGAUCCAGCUAAGUUGCGUGGAUAUAUAAAGAGAGGUCUCACUGCUAGUGAGAGAGGAAUUGUAUGGCAGUCUGCUCUAAAUGCAAAGGAGACUAAAAAUAAGCACAAAGACUUUAACUAUAAAGAGUGUAUAUCUCGUUUGAAUGAUGAGUUACAAAUAUCAUCUGUAACAGAUUACAAGGAUAUCAUUGUUACAAUAAAUGAUAAAUUAAAGGACAGCGAGGGAAAUGAGGAUAAUGAAUCUCUAAAAACAAUAAGACAGAUAUUAAUGGAUAUAGAUCGUACUUAUCCAAAUCACAAUUUAUUUGAUAGUGGAUCAGAAAAUCAAGCAAAACUAUUUCACAUUUUAUCAGCCUAUAGUCAGUUUGAUGCAGACAUUGGCUACUGUCAAGGUAUGGCAUAUGUUGUCGGUUUGUUAUUGAUGUAUAUAAGUGAUGAAGAAACUGUCUUUUGGUGUUUCACUUAUUUGCUAAGCAGUAAGGAUCACCUACACAUGGUGUAUCACCGUACUUUGAACAAAGUUAAACUGAUGUCAGAGUUGCUGACGUUUCUAAUUGAAAAGAAUUAUCCACAGCUAUCAAGGCACUUGAAAGAUAUGGGUGUGCAUGGUCUAAUGUACAGUGUCCAAUGGUUUAUGUGUCUAUUCACUAAUAUCAACUGCUGGGAUGCUGUGCUAUUAAUAGCUGACCUUUUCUUUACUGAAGGUAUCCACCAUCUUUUCAAUGCUGGAUUGGCUGUGAUACAAAACUGCGCUGCCGAGUUGAUGGUAUUGUCCACCAUAGGAGAAGCAUUGCCAUUCUUACAAAACAUACCAUACAGAUUAGUGCAUAGAGGACAGUUAAAAUCACUCCUUUUCUCUCAUCCAGUACUGAUCAAUGCUAAAGCAUUAGAUAAGUAUUGGGAGAUUGCUGAGAAGAGGUUGAGCGAAGAAGAGAAAGGAGCUAGAGAGAAACACAAAAGAAGACAGAAAAGACUUCGUUCACCAGAUGACAACGAUAAGCAAGAUAUUGCAAAUGGCCCAACAUUCUUUUCAAGAUUAGCUAACUUCUUCACUCCAGCUAAAAAACAAAAAACAGAUGAGUCGGAGCACAGAGGAAUGCCAGAUACAGAAAACCAGACCCCUCCUGUCCUGCCCCUUCCAUUAUCCUCAUUCAAGAAGUCAAUAAAGAGUGGUUACUACACACCAGACACUGGGCUAGUCUAUACAUCACCUAAUACCAUUGAAAUGAAAAGGAUUACUGAUUCCACCAGUCGCGGUAUGUUAACGUCUGGAUACUCGGAGGCUAAGAAACUCUUCAGUGACUCACCCAGUAUCCAGUCGCCGUUAUUAAAUAACGUAUUGGCUAGUGGUGGCGAGAGGAGGAGCCCGCGGAUUGCUAGGCGGAGAAGAAGAGAACAACAGAAUCUACUACAGUCACCGUUAUAACAGAGUUACUUAUUUUUAAUUUUAUUAGCAGUAUAAAACAAUUUUUGUAGUACGUGUGUGUGCAUAUGUGAAACAAAUUAU